AGAAGAAGCGGCAGCAGUAAAAACCGUAGAAGAAUAGGAAGAGCUUCCGGUUCAGUUCAGAUUUGAUGACGUCUCUCUUACGGUUUUCGGUUGUUGCUGCUCCGGUUUGAUCAAACUCACCGACUCUCGGAGGUGUUUGGCUGCCACCUCCACCUGUCAGCUGACUCACUGAGCGCGCUCAGUAGGGGGGUCUCCCUCCACUACAUUCACACUCAGACUAACUCAGACCGCCAUCAUGGUGUUGGCCGACCUGGGCAGGAAGAUCACCUCGGCGCUGAGGUCCCUCAGCAACGCCACCAUCAUCAAUGAAGAGGUGCUGAACGCGAUGCUGAAGGAGGUUUGUGCCGCUCUGCUGGAGGCCGACGUCAACAUCAAGCUGGUCAAACAGCUCAGGGAGAAUGUCAAGUCAGCCAUAGACCUGGAGGAGAUGGCCUCAGGGCUGAACAAGAGGAGGAUGAUCCAACACGCCGUCUUCAAGGAGCUGGUCAAGCUGGUGGACCCCGGUGUGAAGGCCUGGACCCCCACCAAAGGAAAGAACAACGUCAUCAUGUUUGUCGGUCUGCAGGGCAGCGGCAAAACCACCACCUGCUCCAAGCUGGCCUAUUACUACCAGAGGAAAGGCUGGAAGACCUGCCUGAUCUGUGCCGACACAUUCAGAGCAGGUGCCUUCGAUCAGCUGAAACAAAACGCCACCAAAGCCAGAAUCCCGUUUUACGGCAGUUACACAGAGAUGGAUCCGGUUGUGAUCGCUGCUGAGGGUGUGGAGAAAUUCAAAGGCGAGAACUUCGAGAUCAUCAUUGUGGACACCAGUGGACGACACAAACAGGAGGACUCGCUGUUCGAGGAGAUGCUGCAGGUCUCCAACGCUGUGCAACCAGACAACAUCGUGUACGUGAUGGAUGCGUCCAUCGGUCAGGCCUGCGAGUCUCAGGCGAAAGCGUUCAAGGACAAAGUGGACGUAGCGUCAGUGAUCGUCACCAAGCUGGACGGACACGCCAAAGGAGGCGGAGCUCUGAGCGCCGUGGCGGCCACCAGGAGUCCCAUCAUCUUCAUCGGAACGGGAGAACACAUCGACGACUUCGAGCCGUUCAAGACUCAACCGUUCAUCAGCAAACUGCUCGGAAUGGGUGACAUCGAGGGUUUGAUUGACAGAGUAAAUGAGCUGAAGCUGGACGACAAUGAGGAGCUGAUUGACAAACUGAAACACGGACAGUUCACCCUCAGAGACAUGUACGAACAGUUCCAGAACAUCAUGAAGAUGGGACCCUUCGGACAGAUUAUGGGGAUGAUUCCAGGUUUCGGAACAGACUUCAUGAGUAAAGGAAACGAACAGGAAUCGAUGGCCAGACUGAAGAAACUGAUGACCAUCAUGGACAGCAUGAACGACCAGGAGCUGGACAGUAAAGACGGAGCCAAGCUGUUCAGUAAGCAGCCCAACAGGAUCCAGAGGGUGGCCCGCGGCUCGGGGGUGGCCACCAGGGACGUCCAGGAGCUGCUCACCCAGUACACCAAGUUCGCCCAGAUGGUCAAGAAGAUGGGCGGCAUCAAGGGACUCUUCAAAGGAGGAGACAUGUCGAAGAACGUGAACCCGUCUCAGAUGGCCAAACUGAACCAGCAGAUGGCCAAAAUGAUGGAUCCCAGAGUCCUGCACCACAUGGGCGGCAUGGCGGGUCUUCAGUCGAUGAUGCGUCAGUUCCAGCAGGGAGCCGCCGGCAACAUGAAAGGCAUGAUGGGAUUCAACAACAUGUGACCGCUGACCAACCGGCUGCCUUAACAGAAACACUUAAAGCUCCACCUCCCAACAGGUGGAGGGGGUGGGGUUUAGAGCGACCUGUCCUCUGCUGCUUUUCACCAAGAAAGGAAAAUAGAUUUCUGCUUUUAGAGAAACACCAGAAGAAGCUUUAAAGGAGCAGUCUGAGUAUUUAGAGACGCUGUUUUUGUCAGCAUGGAAAUGUUGGACUGCUCCUUUAAACGAGGAGGAGGAAGAUGAGGAAGACGAGCUGGUUGUUUUUGGGCCUCGUUAAUUUAACUGUGUAAAAGAUGUUUGUGUGUAAAAUGUAAAUGAAGCAGAGUCAGUCCUGAUUGGACGAGCUGAAGCUACAUGAUGAUGAUGAUGAUGAUGAUGGUGAUGAUGGUGAUGAUAUACAUUAGUUAGUGACAGUAUUUUUGUCAUAUAAUAAACAUUUGUAUUGCACCAUUUUAAA